AUGGACAACGAGUCUUCUUUAGCCUCGACAAGCAACCGCAUAAGACUCUCGAGUUUCUCGUCAUCCGAACUUUCCAACAGCUGUCGUGUUCACUUCCACGAACAUCACCAAUUCCUCGCCUCUUCUCUGGCUUCUUCACCGGGACGCAACGACGUCGAGAAUGAGAAUGGUCGCUUGCUCGAUCUCUGUUUUGUUAACGACGGAUCCCAAUUGGCUACGAUUGAACUGGCUCCUGCGCCUCUGGUUAAGCUUGUUCCUCACCACCCGGCACUGCUGCUUUCGCUUGAAAUCUCUGAAGUUGUGACUCCUAUCAAGAAGCCGGCAUCCUUUUUUCUCGAUUUCAAGAACGCCGAUUUUGUCGCUAUUUCACAAACGCUUGACGCCAUCGACUGGAAUUCUGAGCUCGAAUCUUCCGAUCCAAACGCCGCUGCUAUGAAGUUCUCCCAUAUCAUCAACUACAUCAUCGAUCGUCACGUACCAAAACGCUCAGCAGCCUCUGACCUACGUGCUCCCUGGGUCACGAAAGAGUUGCGACAAAUGAAAGCACUCAAGAACAAAGCCCUCCGCUACUACUUGAGGCACAAGUCUCUCCACGCCAAAAACCAGUAUCGCAAACUUAACGCAGCUUAUAAAAAAGUAAGCACGCGUUGUUACCAGGGCUAUCUUAUCCGGAUUCAGCGUGGUUUUAAAACUAGACCCAAAUCGUUUUGGCAGUACAUUAAGGACCAACGGAAAGAAUCGGGCUUACCGUCCUACAUGUUUUUGGAAGACAAGUCGGCGACCUCAGACCUUGAUAUUUGUAACCUCUUCGCUGACAAAUUCCGUAAUACUUUUGAUUCUGGUUCAAUAUCCACGGAGCAGUUGACUAUGGCGGCUAGUAACGUCCCACGUCAGAGCACUUCCUUUCAUCACAUCGUAAUCGAUGACGAUACCAUCCUGAAGGCGACUGCUAAGCUGAAAUCCAGUGUUUCUGCAGGUCCGGAUGGCAUUCCGGCGACUUUUCUAAAACGCUAUAUAUCACAUAUGCUGACUCCUAUAAAACGAAUCUUCCAAUCAUCGCUCACGGAAUCCACGUUCCCUUCCAUCUGGAAAGAGGCUUACAUGUUUCCGGUCUACAAAAAAGGUGACAGGAGGAACGUUAACAAUUAUCGCGGUAUUUCUGCCCUUUGUGCGAUCGCCAAACUGUUUGAGCUGUUCGAGUCGACGAUCAAACCAUCGAACAUUCCUCCAGCCGAAACUGAUGAAAAUGGAUCAAAUGGAUCUGCUUCGGAUUGA